AAGAAGGUGGCGGCAAUUCCCUUAUAAAUUGCUUCAAACUUCUUUUCCGUUUGCUUCUCUCUCAUAAUUGUUUCUUACACAGUGCUAUACUUCUUUCAUUCUCCUAAAUAUUUCUAAAACCCUAAAUUUUUCUUCGGAUCAUCGAUGGAGUUUUGGGGUGUUGAAGUUAAGCCUGGUCAGGCACUCUCUGUGAAGCCUGGAGAUCAAAUGUGUGUGCAUCUCUCACAGGCGACUCUAGGUGAAUUAAAGAAGGACAAAGCGAAUGAACCCGUGACUGUUUUCUUGAAGAUUAAUGACCAGAAGCUUGUUCUGGGAAUUCUCUCUGCAGAGAAGUUCCCUCAGAUAGCAUUUGAUCUUGUGUUUGAGAAGGACUUUGAGCUCUUCCACAAUGGGAAGAGUGGAAGUAUUUACUGUUUGGGUUACCGGGCUCCUAUGGAUGACCAAGAACAGGAAGAUUAUUCUGAUUCUGAUUUUGGCUCAGAGGAUGAAGAACUUGCAUUGCCACCCGCUGAGAAUGGAAAACCUAGCCAGAAAGAGAAGUCUAUGGCUGGAAAAAUUUUUAGUCUGAAACCUGAAUCUUCAAAGAAAGCAGAUGUCAAAUCUCUUGAACCGAGCAAGGUGGAUGGGGAUGACUCUGAAGACGAUGACUCCGACGAGGAUGAGGAUUCCGAUGAUGACUCUGAUGAGGAAAUGCUCGGAUCUGACAGUGGCUCUGACAAUGAAGAUGACGGUACUGAUAGUGAUGAGGAGACACCAAAGAAGGUUCAAUUGGACAAGAAGAGGCCAAACGAGUCUGCCUCCAAGACCCCUGUUUCUAAGAAGGCAAAGUUAGCUUCGGCUGAGAAGACUGAAUCAAAGAAGGGGGGCCAUACUGCCACUCCCCACCCUGCCAAGAAACUUGUGAAAACUCCCGGCAAGGCCGAGACACCAAAAUCCAGUGGCCAGUUUUCUUGCAAAUCCUGUGACAGGUCAUUUGGUUCUGAUGGCGCCCUUCAGUCACACAGUAAAGCUAAGCAUGGUGGUAAGUGAAAGGAAAGAGGAAGUGAUAAACGAUAACAUAUUAUUUUGCAGCUCCAAUAUGUUAACUUUCUAGGUAGGAUGAGAUUUCGGCUGAGAUUGUGUUGAGCGUUUGGACCAUAAAACAAGAUGCGAUUGUUUGGUGCACAUUGAAGAGGAGGAAUUUUGUUCGAUUUAAUGUACCAUUUGCUGUCUGUAGUUCAUAUUAUAUAUAUUUUUCUUCUUGGAAUAGUGUUAUCUGGGUUGGCAUCCGUUUUAGGGAUUUUCGAUAUCAUUGUUUUGGAAAACCUAUAUUCCUAGAAUGUUUUUAUUUCCAUUCCCUACCUAUCGGUGAGAUGUAUACGAAUUCAUUUGGAUUGGACUUGGUGAUGGAA